UGAUGACUUCUUCGAUAGAAUGGUUCAUUAAUUGUAAAGGAGCCUUUAUGUCCAAAAUCCAAUUCUUACUUGCUGUCGGGAGAAUAUGUAACUGAAAAUUUUUAGCAACCCUUUAGAAAGGUUCUAUUGCAUUAUAUAAUUUUAUCUUUCAAAGUUGACGAUUAAUAAGUAAAUUGAUAACUGUUAUGUUGUACUUGCAUUCAUGUCACAAUGAAACUAAGUGUGAGUGCGUAUCGCGCACACGCAUCAGCACACAAAAAAAUUCUUUCGAGCGGUUACCAUUCGCAACUCAAUUACGGCAGCACAGGUGCGGCAGUCUCUUCUUCUGCUGUCUUGCAGAUGGCGGAUCCCAACGAAGCCACGAUGUCAUUCGCCAAAGAUCAUCGAGCGGCCGAUGGAAAUAGUGAUAUGGAUAUAGUAAGUCCCUCCGGUACGAGUAGUUCCGGUCAGGAGCGCACGGGUGCUAUAAGUAAAUCUCAGCUACGAAGUGCUGACGACGAUAACAGUACUAUCAUUUACUCCAAUAUCAAAAGCCCUGAACAAAGGAAAACAGAUAUUGUCGAUAGGCAUUCAGAUCUGGAUUCCGAUUGGAAUCGAUCUAACCAGCGAUGGAUGAAGCUCAGAACAACCGUUCAGAUAUCUUCAGCGAUACAGAAGAAACCGCCUUUAAAACGCGAGGACUCUUUUUUAAAGCGUUUUUCAACGCGGCAAAUACCAGAAGCACAGGAAACCGUUGAGGAUACUGGGUCAGAGAGUGCGUCUGGAGAACCAGAUAAAAAUUCUAAGCGUCGGCGGAAAUUUCUUCAAAAACGACGGUCUGUUGUUAAUCCUGAUGAAAAUUUUUAUUUCUAUUGGCUAAUGGUACUUACGGUGUCCGUUCUAUACAACUUAUGGGCUCUAAUCGUACGUCAAAGCUUUCCUGAACUGCAGCAAGCUGUUCCUAUAUUUUGGUUUAUUUGCGAUACGCUCACGGAUGUCGUCUUCAUAUUCGAUAUCGUUGUCCAGCUGCGUACGGGGUAUCUCGAGCAAGGAUUGAUGGUUUAUGAUGAUAAAAAACUGGCAAUGCAUUAUAUCCAUUCUAAAGAUUUUUUCUUCGAUAUUAUCUCAUUGAUUCCUUUGGACUUAAUACAACUGAAAAUCGGGUCACACCCCCUCUUGCGCUUCUCAAGAUUUUUCAAGGUAUAUCGAUGUAUCAAAUUUUACUAUAUCGUUGAAAGUAGAACUGUUUGGCCAAACUUGUGGCGAGUGAUAAACUUAAUUCACAUUCUUUUGAUAUUGGCGCACUGGUUCGGCUGUUUUUACUAUCUUUUGUCGGAAGCUGAAGGAUUUCAGGGUGACUGGGUAUAUCCUUAUAGGCCAGGAGACUAUGCUACCCUGACGAGAAAGUACCUUGGAAGCCUUUAUUGGUCGACUCUUACUUUAACUACUAUUGGAGAUCUACCUACACCGGAAACAAAUGCAGAGUACAUUUUUACUAUAGUCAGCUAUCUAAUUGGAGUAUUUAUAUUUGCAACAAUUGUCGGUCAAGUUGGAAAUGUGAUAACUAAUCGCAAUGCUAAUCGCCUAGAAUUUGAGCGGUUAUUGGAUGGAGCAAAGACAUACAUGCGCCACCAUAAGGUUCCAGGUGGAAUGAAACGGCGGGUACUUCGCUGGUACGACUACAGCUGGUCUAGAGGUCGUAUUCAAGGAGGAGGUGACAUAAACACAGCUUUAGGCCUAUUGCCAGAUAAGCUAAAAACAGAACUAGCAUUACAUGUUAACCUGAGUGUCUUAAAAAAAGUCACCAUAUUUCAAGAGUGCCAACCAGAAUUUUUACAUGAUUUAGUUUUGAAAAUGAAAGCUUACAUUUUUACACCUGGAGAUUCCAUUUGUCGGAAAGGCGAAGUGGCGAGAGAAAUGUUUAUAAUAGCUGAUGGCAUAUUAGAAGUACUUAGUGAAACAGGAAAAGUAUUGACAACAAUGAAGGCUGGGGACUUUUUUGGCGAAAUUGGAAUUUUAAACUUGGAUGGCCUUAAUAAGCGCACUGCUGAUGUUAGAUCUGUGGGUUACUCGGAGCUGUUUUCACUAUCUAGGGAAGAUGUACUUGCCGCUAUGAAAGACUACCCAGAAGCACAAGAAAUUUUGCAAACUCUAGGUCGGAAGCGGCUCAUGGAAGUUCGGUGUGUAAAUAAGAAGUACGGGAAAGCACAAAGCACAAAAGAUCAAUCGGAACAAAAUGUAUAUAGCAAUAUUAAUCGAAGCGAUAGCAGCGAAAACAGUGCCUCAAAAAAAAUUGUGUACAAACUAAGAAACGAUGUAAAAGGAAUUCGGAGCAUGCUCAAAAAUACAAGGACUAACAGAAGAAGUGACGAAUCUUUAGAAAUGCAACCGCUACAUGAAAUUUCAAACAAAGGGAACAAAACAACUUUGAGGAGAAUGUCACAUGUGCGGUCGGAAGACAAGGAGGAAAUGAAAGAAAGAGCAUCUCACGAUAAAACACCGAGUCCUAUUGGAGCUGGACUACCUUUACUACAAAGGCUACGGUUACUCAAAGAGAAGCAAGAUCGGGAGGAGAAGGCGGCCAAGUCAACUAUACAACAUCAGAUUUCCCCGCGUCAAGGUCAUGUCGCUAGUGCAUUAUCUCCACAGGAAUCAAUUCAAGAAGAACCCGAGACUGAAGUUAACGAGGUCCCACCGUUAAUGCAAAGAUUGCAGCUGCUUAAGAAUAAGCAAGAAAUGAAUUGUAGCGAAACAAAAUCUGGACUGAAAUCUAAUCCGGCUGUAUCUCUGAAGCAGAAGAUUCAAAUGCUUCAAAUUGGUGGAUUUGCGAAGCCAGAUUCCUUGGAACACCAACCAAAUAACGACAAAUUAAUUGUGGAAAACGUAUGUCAAUCAGAUUCGUUGCAUGCACGCGGAGAGCGAAAGCACGUCCGAAGCAACCAAGACGAUAUAGAUGAAUCGUAUAAAGCGGUAUCAGGAAAGUCAUUCAAACCGUCCAUAUACACCUCAUCGGAGCGCUCAUAUAGUGAUUUAUCUACUAAACCAUGGUCUAAGCUAAAGUUAGCUACUUUAUUGUCAACAAGCUCUAACAAUUUAGCAAAAUUUUCCCCAGGAGACUCCGACUUAGAAGUAAAAACCUUUUCUUCGAAGAAAUUGAUUCAAAUACCAGCAUUUUCUUCAACCCCUACAAGGGACCUGAAAUCCACAACAGCCGCAAGUCUUGAUCCCAAUUCUCUAUUCAAUAAAAGUUUAGAAAACUUACGGGAGCACAAUAGAGCAAUCUCUGCAAAGAAAACCAGGGAUUGUAAAAAAUUGUAUCACUCUGUUUUCGACUUAUCGCCCGAGUAUAGUGGAUUGCCAUUUGUAAAACAGUUGAAAAUUUUAAAUGAACGCCAAAAAUUGGCCGACCUUGAAAAGGCUCUUCAAAUACGAAGUUCUAGUUUGGAUAGUUCUAAAACGAGCAAACAAAUAGCUGCAGCGAAGCCGUUAUAUCGGUGUCUGAGUGACGCUUCUGAUAUUUACUCGCAGUUUUUUUCAGAACAUGAGUCUAGUUCAUCCAUUUCUACGAAUACAUCUAUGUCCACUACCUGCAAUCACAAGGCAGAAAAUUACAUACCCCCCGCAUAUUUGCCUCUUAGUCCAGAGCUUAGUGAAACCGUUGAACGUCGCAAAGUAAAAAAUAUUUUACAAAGGCUGCAUCACAGUACAGAAGAAUGCAGAAAUAGGCGAGAAGAAGAAUCAACAGGAAUGGAGAAUAAUUUACUAAGAGAACCUACUCAAGAAGGGCCAUCCAAAGGAGCUUUAAGAAUAAUCCCAGACGAAAGCUAUAAAAGCGGGCGAACGUCUUGUGAAGAGCGAAAAAAAUCCCUUUACGCUUCUUUAUUACCUUUAUAUACGACUUCCGAUUUCAAUCAGAAUUCAGAAAAUGGAGUCUAUAUUGAUCCUCUUAUAAAAUCUGGGCCAACACAAAUUUUGAAUUCUUCCAACAGCAAUCAACGCACAAAAAGGCAGCUGAAAAUAGCUGGGGAGUUGUCAACAAAACAAGAUAUUCUAAACGUGGAAGAGAACUUUAAUCGAGUUUGGGGUGGAAUCAAUGAUGUUAUUAAGAAGUACAUUACUGAAAUGAAUUUAAAAUUCGAAUUACAAUUUUCAGCAAUGGCGCGCGAGGUACGAAAACGCGAUGAAAUCAUUGCGAACCUACAGUCAAAAAUUAGAAAUAUUGAAACGAAAUCUUCCUCGCCCCGCAUAAAAAACGAUCAAGAUAAACAUGGCACAGCAAGGGAUGAUACAGACCCGAAAUCAGUAGGCCAUGCGAGUUCGAGUUCGUCGGCAGAACUUUUGUUUAUGAGAGGCGACUCAUUAGACACGGUAUUUUUGUCAUCCCCACCGCAAGUACAGCGCCACAGUUCUUCGCCAAUUUUUAAAAAGCUAUUUAAGGAUUCAUCCAGACACAUUUCCACACGCAGCUUGUACAAAAAUAACUCGGAAGAAAAUAUUGCAUUUGAAAAACUACAUAAAGGAAACUAUAUUGCUACUGUAUCAGAUGUUUCAGGAAAUUUAAAUAGGCAAGAUAGUGUUGUCCUUGAUAUUUGUGACAGUUCGAGCUCCAGCUCAUCCUCAAGUAAACUUAGUGUUAAGUAUGAAGAUAUGGAGCAAAAAAGAAACGAAAAUGUAUUUGCUAAUGUACACCAUAAUGACUGGGAGGUAAAAAUGCUUGCUGUAGAAAUGGCUAAGCAGGAAAGAAAGCGUGCAAAUUCAACAGAUUUCAAAUAUAGCAAUUCUAUUUUAAGGCGGCGUCGAAAAUUUAGUGAUACUGAAACAGAUAUUAGUGAUACAGAAGCAGAUGUUGAAGCUUUAACUUCAUCUAGACCUAGAGCUUCAAGUUUGGAUCAAUUUAAUUUAAGGCAUGGUUUCGGAAAAGGCGUUUUUAAAGCAAUUAGUAUCGAUCGUGAUAAAAAUAAACUUUGAGAUUUGCCAAAAUAUUUUGUGGGGGUGAUGGUGUUUCUAGGAUUAGUCAAAACGAUUCCAAUAACAUUUGAAGUAUGACUGAAAAGUAUUUACUAAAAGACAACAUAAUGAAAAAAUUCGAAAAAUAUGAAAAAUUUUAAAAUUGACAAAUAACAAACCACGUUUUUUGUCGGAACUAGACAAAACAACGCAUGCAGAAAACAGUACUUAGACUACAUUCCGUCCAUUGUACUGUUUUCAUGUUCCUUCUAAUCCGUUUUAAACGAUUUACGAAUAAACCUAAGCAGAUUGUUGGCUCGCUACGUUAUUAAUCCGGUUCUAGCUUGU